ACCUGUUGUUUCAACCAACCCUAGGGAUGUUACAGUCAUUGUAGGGCAUCAAGCUGAAUUUAGCUGUUCUUAUGAUAUUUCAAAACAGCCAUUUCCAAAGUUGACCAAAUGGAGAAUCACUGAUAAUAAUGGAAAUGUUAAGAUAGCAAUGGAGACUAGUCAUGUUGGAGCAACUAGUAUGUACAGCAUUUCCUUCAUUUAUUCAUUUGAUGCAGGAAAGUAUGAAUGUUUUGGGGAAAAUGAGUUUGGUACUGCUACUUCAUUACCAGCAACAUUGACAGUUCAAUAUAUUGGUGAUAUCACGUUGGCUGUCAAACCAAGCACAACUGUUCAUGACAAGACUCAAGUAACAAUAGAAUGUACUGUAGCUGCAUUACCAGCAGCCGAGAUUCAACUAAGUCGUAAUGAUGGAAUAUUCUUCUCGUCUUCUAAUGCAACAUUGAAUAGAGAACUUGGAGGUACAAAAGAGUAUAGAGAAAAUCAUGUCAGUUACACAGUUGUUGCCAACAAGGAUUGGAUGGGAAACAUACAAUGCCUUGGAAAGAACUUGUUUGGCAAGAUAUGGAAGUCAAAAGAAUUUAUUGUACAAACACGUCCAUCCUCUCCAACACAGUGUGUAAAUAUGACAACAAUGGCUUUAGCUGAAUCUGUGACGUAUUAUUUUGUGUUGGGAAGUGAUGGAGAUUCACCCAUUACAAAAGUGAUUAUAGAAUGUUACAAAGGAAAUGGCAAAACUGUAGUUAAGACUGGCACUUCAACUAACUUUGAGCAUUCUAACUGUACUGCAGCUGAAUUGGCUGGUCUUACUUCUGGAACAACAUACACGUGUCAGCUGUUUGCAGAAAAUGCUGUUGGUCGUAGCGAUGGCAGUGAUUCGUUUGAAAUUAAAACGUAUGCAUCAGUACCUGCUACACCUGAUCUGGAUCCCCAACCUGUUCAAGUUAAUGAAACUACACUAACGGUUAGUUGGACUGUCGACUAUAAUGGUGGAGAGUCAAUCACUAGGUAUACAGUGCGAUGGACACUUGCAUCCAGUACUAGUGAUAGUGAUUGGUUGUUACAUCCUUUGGUGUUGCCACACACUGGUUUGUCACAAGAAAAUGGUGAGCAUACACUGGAUGGCCUUAAGAGAAAUGCACAAUAUUCUGUGGAAGUUAUUGCAACGAACAAGGAAGGAGAAAGCGAACCUGGUAGAAACGUGUACACAACACUAUGCUUUCCUGGUCAGAUUACUGAGGUUGAAAAAGUAGAAUUAAAUAGAGAAGUUGACAAUCCAUCCACAACUGUCAAGCUCUCAGUCACUAUUCCGGAUGACAAAGGUUGUGGUGAAAUUACUAAUUACAUUGUUACAGAUGCCACUACUGGGGAAGAACUUACGUCAGUAAUUGUUGCAAGGCGUGAUGGUAAAGUGACUCUUGAAAUGUCAGGGUUGGAAGCUGAUAAAGAAUACCAACUGCAGGUGUCUGUCAGUAAUUCAAAUGGUGAUAAUAGUCCAGCAUCAGCUGCAGUCACUAUCAAAACUGAACCGUUUGAGGAGUCUACAAAUGCACCAGAUGACAGUCUUUCAACAGGCAUUAUUGCUGGUUUGGUUGCUGGAGUUGUGGUGCUCAUUGUGGUUGGUGUGAUAUUAAUAUUGUGUAUAUACCGAAAGAAGAGCUGUGUGGACAGCUCAAUUGACAGGACAAUGAGAAGUCAUAUGUAUGAAGAUCCUGUACAAUUGUCGAGCGAAGACAUAGUGAUGCAAGAAUCUAGUGCAUAUGGUAUAAUAGCAAAAGACAGAGAAGGCAAUGGCUCUGAAAUGAGGAUGCAAAAAUCACGGGCAUAUGAAAGUGUAUCCACCCAAGCUGCUGGUGGUAGUUUUCCUGUUUAUUCAACUGUAACCCCUUUGUAGUGCUGACAUAUACUAUACAUACAUUGUUUUUGUGUUAGAAUAAUAUUAGUACUUUUUACUUGUAGACUUAAAAGUUGCCCUAGGAGUUUUAUUGAUUGUACAGUCUCUGCUGGUCUGUAGCAUGCAGUCUCAGCUGUAGACAUUGGACAUUGGAGUUUAUUUUGUAUCAUAGAUAGUAUAGACUUAAUUAGUAAUAUAGUUCCUCAGAUGAC